AUGGAUGAUAAAAAUUCUACCGGCAGCGGCGGAGGGGGCGGUGGCAGCAGUACCGGCGGUAGCGGGGGCGGUGGCGAAACGAAAGUAAUCUAUCACAUCGACGACGAGACGACACCGUACCUGGUGAAGAUACCGCUGGCGGCGCCGCAGGUCACGCUGAAGGACUUUAAGCUGGUGCUGAACAAGCAGAACAUCAACUACAAGUACUUCUUCAAGUCGAUGGACGCGGACUUUGGCGUGGUGAAGGAGGAGAUUGCGGACGACGCGACGAUACUGCCGUGCUUCAACGGGAAGGUCGUCUCGUGGCUGGUGACGGCGGACGGUUCCAAUCAGUCCGACUGCUCGGAGCUGCAACCGACGGAGAUGAUCGACGGGCGGCCCACGCUGGCGCAGCUGCGCAGCAUGAAUAAGCCGACGAUCAACAGCAUGAUGACGAUGCCGAUGAAUCCGCUCACCUACCAGUCGGCGUCCGUCGUAUCGAGCGACCUCGACUCGACCAGCCUGUUCGAGACGGAGAGCGAAAUCACGCUCGAUCGCGACAUGACGGAGUGUAGCAGCGUGCAGCGGUUGCAGGUGCGCAAGAAACCGCAGCGGCGCAAGAAGCGGGCCCCGUCCAUGUCCCGCACCUCGUCCUACAGCUCGAUCACGGACUCGACGAUGUCGCUCAACAUCAUCACGGUGCAGAUCAACAUGGACACGGUAAACUUUCUCGGCAUCUCGAUCGUGGGCCAAUCGAACCGGGGCGGCGACGGUGGCAUCUACGUCGGUAGCAUCAUGAAGGGUGGCGCGGUGGCACUGGACGGCCGAAUCGAACCGGGCGAUAUGAUUCUGCAGGUGAACGACGUAAACUUCGAGAACAUGACCAACGACGAGGCGGUGCGGGUGUUGCGUGAGGUGGUCCAGAAGCCGGGCCCGAUCAAGCUGGUGGUGGCCAAGUGCUGGGAUCCGAACCCGAAGGGCUACUUUACGAUUCCGCGCACCGAACCGGUGCGGCCGAUCGAUCCGGGCGCGUGGGUAGCGCACACGGCCGCACUCCGCUCGCAGGACACCAUCAACACGGACCUACCGGAGUCGGUGCUCGAGCGACUGCACGCCGACAUGGACAUGAAGGACAUUGUGCGCGCAAUGACCAAGCCGGACAGUGGGCUCGAGAUCCGCGACCGUAUGUGGCUAAAGAUUACGAUCCCGAACGCGUUCAUCGGCGCGGACGUGGUCAACUGGAUACUGGAGCACGUCGACGGCAUCGGUGACCGGCGGGAGGCGCGAAAGUAUGUCUCGCUGAUGCUGCGGCGGGGCUACAUCAAGCACACGGUCAACAAGCUGACGUUCUCCGAGCAGUGUUACUACGUCGUCGGUAACGGCAUCCGGCAGGACAUCUCCAACAUGUCCCUGGACGACACGGAAAGUAUGCUGAGCGACAUUGCGCCACUGCCGAACCCGCCGAUCUACAUGACGUACUCCGGCAACUACAACCCAUCGCACGGCUAUCAACCGAUCCAGUACGGGUGCACCGGCGAGCGCCACCCGUCGUCCGGCUCGAGCAGCUCCGACAUCCUCACCAGCAAGGACACGUCCGCGUCGCAAAGUGACAUCGCGGCCGUCAUACAGCAGGCCAACCAGAUGACCAUCGCCAACGCGUCCAACAAGUCGUCCGGCUCGUCGAACCGCGGUAAUGAGCAAGACAUUUCAGCACUCCGUUACGGUGACGGCACCAGCACUGGAGACUUUAAGACAACGCGCGUGGGCAGCGGCGGCGGUGGAGGCGGAGGCGGCGUCGGCGGUGGCAAGCUGAUCAGCACGAACGACGACGAGGGAUACGAGGACAGCAUCUACUUCCAGCACCAGCCGAUUCCGCCGCAGCAGCAGCCGCAACAGCAGACCACCCUGCAGCAUCAGCAGCAGCUUCAGCAGCUCCAGCAGCAGCAGCAACAGCAGCUUCAGCAGUCGUUUGGCCGCACCGGAGGCCGCAAGGAACCGGGACACAUUUACAACAAUCAGUAAAUGGGAUGGCACCGGCAGCGGCAGCCUACGGUGGCGGGGCAUCAGGGCCUAGGCUGGGCGGCGAAGUAAAAGCCAAAAUAAAAUUUAAACAAAACGGAACGAGGCGCUACCCACGAAGACGGCGGACGACGACGGAGGCACGUCACUUGCGGCACGGAACGACAUUCGUCCCGUGUGCCACGCCCGCCCAACAGGUGACCACAGCGCGGUGUAUGUGAGCGGCGGAAACGAAAGCUAUCGCAAACUAUUGGAAAAGCAGGGAAAACACAGAGAAUAAGUUAGGAAAAGUAUAAAACAAGGUAAAACACUAACGUAACGUAAUGUAUGUAUGUGUGUGUCUGUGUGCGCGGGGAUGUUGUGUAAGUAGAGCGAGCAAAAGGGCCGGGAAAAUGAUAAGAAAAGCGAAACCCAGAGAAUGCUUUUAUUUGGUAAAGUUCCACUGCAAUAUAGGGCGAUGUAUGGCGUUUGGCAUACAUCAUCCAGCACACAGAGGGUCCGGCCAGGGCACAUGGCGGAGCAUAAUUGUUGGUGUUCUUCUCGGGUGCCAACCGCGCAAACACAGGCCGGCAAGGCGGCCCCAGGUUUUCCCUCCUUCUUCUUUCUUGUUUAGCUUCCAUUAGCAGGUUCUUCCGAAGGAAAGGAAUGGGCUCGUGUUUAUGUGGCGUCCUCAUUUCACUUCCAUUGUGCAACCAGCGGGCGCAGUUUGUGAUCUUGUGUCCUCGCUAAGCUGUGGUCACACUGCUCCGCGUAAGGACAUUUUAAUCGCAUUUUCGAGAUCGUGGGUUUUUUGUUGGACCCGGCCGGAUUUGGUUGCGAUAGCGCAGGCAACCGUCUUGGAUUCCGUUCUCUUCCGAAACCAUUGUAAAUGUGUUUAUUAUGAGUACUUUUAAUAUUAUUAUUACUACGAUUAUUAUUAUUACGCGAGUAUCGAUUAUUUUAUUGGCAAAACGGCAACAAAUAUAUAUAUAUAGAUAUUUUACAAAACGCUAGAGUAUUUAUACCGGAACUGAACUGCUAUGCUAUGUGUGUU